CAGAUUUAAAAUUAAAAAUCGGUUUACAGCCGGUUUUGUGGAGUAUGAAAAUUGCAGUUUUCCAAAAAUCUGAUUGAUCCAAAACUAAUCUUACCAGAAUGUUAAAAACAAUUUAAAGCCGGAUUGUCGAGUAAUUGUUAAAAUCGGAAAACCCAAAAACUAUAUAGUACAUACAUACAUACAUACAUAAAUACGUAAUUUGUUAUUUGAAACAAGUCAUUUCCUAUUUUCAUUCAUAUUUUGCUAACUAAAACCAAAUAACGCAACGUAUUUAUGUUGAAUAAAAUGAUGUGAAUGUCUUUAACAGCAAAUGCUAAAAUUCAUAAAAAAUUACAGGCACAUAUCCAUUGGCAAAAGUAAAUUUAGAUAGGCCCCCAAAUCUUGGUCACGUACCGGCCCCCAAUCUAUAGUUCCGCCACUGAUGGCGUUUCUACACGACAACAAAGUUAUACAUCGCGACCUUAAAACCGAUAAUAUUAUGUUCGCUAGACAAGAAUAUAGCUUACCAAUUAAAAUUGGUGAUUUCGGGUUGGCAGCAUGGGUCCUCCCUGAAGAUAGUAACUCACACAUGGACACGGUUGGGACGAGAAGGUACAUGGCACCGGAAGUACUGGAUGGAAAGUACUCCUACCAAACCGACCUAUUCGCUUUGGGCCUAGUUCUCUGGGAAAUAACAGCCUUACUCCCAUCCAAGAAGAGGACCAGCUUAUUCGAUAAAUUGGUGAACGACGUAAACGAAGAAUUAGUCGAGGAACACCCACUCCUACGGGAAGGGUCUCGGGAAAUUAUUAUAUCCUGCACCAGAAGGAAUCCCACAAAUAGAUUGGACAACAUGAUCCGUGUCCUCCAAAUCGUUAAUUUGCCUAGAGCAAGAAUUCCUGUGCAAGAAGUCGUUGCCAACACGUGCGAGGAGUUAGAACUGUCUCAAAUUUGCUACAAGCGGAUGCACCAUCAUUCUAGAAGAUGACACAUACGCAUGCGGCAUUACCAUGCGUGUGGACCACGUGGCGAUUGUGGGUCAAGGAUCCAACACUGUAAUUGAUUUAGGUCAUGAUAACCUAAUCAGCAUAAGAGCGUGUAAUUGCACCCUUUCUAAGCUAAAAGUCGCAUGUUCUGCUGGAAUUAGUGGCCGGAGUAGGAUAACGAUAAGUGGAUCGCGGAACAAGCUCGAAGAUAUAGACGUUACAAAUUCUACGUGGAUAACAAUGACCCCAUGGCGUUAACAUUUACCGGGAGGGAAGUUUGCAUAAGAGGAAGGUCCUAUGUGUUUGAGAAAGUUCGCAUUGAAAACAACUCAACGUCUAGAUAUUUUGGAAUUAUUGUUCAGCAAGAUGCAAAUCAUAUUGACAUUUCCGACCUAGUCGUCAUACGAGGACUUGUGCAAAUGUUUUUUCCGGGAAAAGUACUGCCCUUCGAGGUGCGAGAUAUGAUGUGCCAGCAAAUCCUUUCCAAAUUAUCGCGUUUCUACCAAGUGACACCCAGAUAUUUGGUCGACAAGAUUCUACGGCAAGAUUAAUGAUAUUUCUGGCUGGAUUAAAGUAUUUCCUGGAGGACAUUACUUGUAACCGUGUUGACAUUAAGGCCAGCCAGAUAGCUUUAACCGGUGUACAGUGCAGUGGGACUAUUCGAAUUGUGGAAGGACUAGAUGGGAUCACAUUGACCAGGUGCCAGGCAAGAAAAUUUUUUGCAAGGUCAACAAUCACCAUGACUCGAUGCGAAUUCGAGGCCUUGUCAAGCUGAAUUGUUUUGCGAAAAUUUUGAAAGCAGUGAAUACAUAUAUUGCCUUAUGUGGUUUCAUAAUAUUUUGUUAGCUUUCCAAAAUAUUUUUAUUCAUACAUACAUAUCUCUUAAGUUCGUUAAGGUUAUACAUACUUCUGAUA